GGCCGCAGCGGUGAGAGCGCCGCAUUCUAACCACUAGACCACCAGUGAACCUACCCGCUGGCACGUGUAAUGGUUAUUAUUCAUGAUGCUGGUUCUAGAACAUGCUCUUAUGCCGAAUACACUAAAAUAAAAAAAGGGAUGAUGAGAAAACCUACUAAAGUACAAGGAAAAUUACAGAUUUUAUCAACUACUUCACAAAGUAGAAGUACACAAAUAACACAAGUAAAUGUAAUUUGUUACUUUCCACCUCUGUUUCUGCAACACAAACAUACAGCUAAUGUUCAACAUAGGGUGCUCCUCUUCCUCCACCACUUGGGAUACAGCCCCCAGCCGCCUGUCCAUAGUGGCUAUCAGUAAAAUGAAAAAGAAGAGAAGUCAGGGGAAUGUAAAAGUGGCUCAACACAGAGUACAACUUCUCCCUGAGUGAAAGCCUCCUAACAUGACUUCAUCCACUGGACCGAUCUCAUUUAGCAAAGUGCCUUGAUUGACAUCUCAGAUUUCCAGCCUAUCUACAUGCAAAGCUUCCUUACAAUAGCAGCAUAUUGUCUUAAUUCUGGACAAAUACAAACAUGCUGACUGUACUGUGCCAGAAUGUAACUGACCCUCUCAAGAACAGCCUAUGUUGAGUCAGGGUAUUUCAAACAGUUUGGGGGAAUCUCUUAUACCUUGAGCAGGGCGUCCUUGAAGAGUCCCUCUAACCCUGCACUUUGUCUGUAUGCUUAAAAAGUUCCACAUGACCCUGAAAUCCCAGCUUGCGGGCAUUGUGAAGUCUGGCUGCCGGAGCUUCACUGGUGUGAAUGGUUAUGAGGAUGUGGAAGCUCAGUGGUUAAGGCAUCGGCUCCUUGAUCAGAUGAUCACAAGUUCAAAUCCCAGCACCACUAAUCUGCCACUGCUGGGCCCUUAACCCUCAACUGCUUGGUUUUAAGGGUGUCUAACAAAUAAUGUAAAUGUGUACCCUCUGGUUGUACCAGAGUAAAAAAUGAGGAAACUGGAGGUAGGCCCAGGUAACAGAGGUACACGUGUUUGUAUUUUAAUUCUAUUUUUCUAAUUUUUUCCAGCUCUACACGCCAUUCACAAACUUCGGAAACCCUUUUUUCCUUUUUUCAAGAGGAUUACUGUAGAAGGUGUUGUUUCUGAUUGUCGUGUGAAAUCCUGUUUCCACUGUAUUUGUGUGAAAUAAUUUUUUGAGGUCUAUGUGAUAGUGUUCUUACUCAGUGUGCAGUUUUUUCUGUGUAUUACACAACAUGGAUUUCCUAAUGCUGUGAGAAACAGGAAGUAGCUAUUUUCCCAUGCCACCGUGGCCAAAGUCAUGCAAUUACGCCAACUCCAGUAAUGAAGUGUCUCAUAGUGGUUAUAAACUUUUCUAGCUUAUACACUUACACUCUUUGCAGUGGCUAUGAUAUUUGAAAACUUCCAUCAUUUUUGUGGUGUACUGUACUGAUGGGCAGUUAAAUGCAGAAAUGUUCAUGCAAUUUGCAGGGGGAAAAUCGCGAUAUCAUGUGUGUCAUGUAUUGAUGUUUGCUAAUCACCCCAUCUUUUUAACCUGUUUUUCCAUUCAUUUUUUUGCUUAAUGAUUUGGAUUAUCUGCCUGUUUAUUUAAUAAACACUCUUACCUGAAUUUACUUCAGCUUCCACAAUCCUGCAUGCUUUUAGCACACACAUUUACAUAAUAAAUCUGAAUAUACAUAUAAAAUGUAAAUAGAAUCGUGGAAAAAGUGAUGCAAGAGAUUUUCAAAAUGUGGCUGUUGAGGUUUCCUGAACACCAAAGUAUACAGUAUAAAGAGAGUGACACUGUGUGUGUGUGUGUGUGUGUUUCAGUCUGAGGUAUGAUGUGUGAGUGCAGAAGAACAGUAAUGAUGAAGUGCUUGUAUCUUUUGUCUGUUGUGUUUCGAAUGGCUGCAGGCUGUGCUCUCUCUGGUGAUAAUAAUUGGUUAAAAAUCACAGGACACAAAGGUGGUUCAAUGCUGUUACCCUGCUCCUGCUCUGACCUCCAUUCCAAACCUCAGAGAUUCACCUGGGAGAGUGACAGAACGGGAUAUCUGACUGAGGUUUUCAAUAAUAAACAGUACAAUGACAGAAUCAAUCUGUUUAAUAACACUUCUCCUGCUAAUCUGUCUCUGCUCAUAUCUGACCUGAGAGAAGAGGAUCAGGGAAUCUACAAGUGCAGCACUGAGAAAGAACACAGAUUCAUCUGGCUUUAUGUUAAAGGCUGUGAGCUGGUGAAGAAGACAGUGGUAGAGGAGGUAACUGGGUUCAUAGGAGAGUCUGUAGUUCUGCCCUGCAUCUGCACUGACCUACAGGAUGACCCAAAGACUGUAACAUGGGAGUUGAAUAAUAUUAAAAUUUACUCUGAACAGACUGGACAUCACAGUAACAGAGUGAAACUGGUCAGUAAAAACCCUCCAGGAGACCUCUCUCUACUCAUAUCAGACCUGACUGAAGAGGACCAGGGAAACUACAGAUGUUCUGUACAGGCUGAUUACAGAGAUUUCAGACUAUAUGUUAAAGUAGGAAGAAGAGAAACUUCAACAGAAUGGAUAAAAACAGACACAAUAACUUCAUCAGAACAAACUCGGAGUAAACCAACAACUUCUCCACCUGCAUCAUUCUCAACAACACAAGGAGGAAGACGUGGAGAGAAAGUGAAUGUUGAAGGACAUCAGGACUGUGAGGGAAGGCAGGAGGAUCAGGUUUGUACAUGUACAAUAACAGUUCUACCAGAUAUAUUUUUGCCUUUAGAGAUUUUGUUGUGUUUGUGAUACACACACACACAUGAACCACACAUGCUUUCAUUGAACAGUGAGUGAUAAGAAAAUAUUAUUUACAAUUAUUUUGAUAAUCGAUUGAUUGACCGAUUGUUUUUCCAAAUAAUCGCAUUUGAAAAAAUAUGUUUUUA